GUUUAUUAAUAGUAGUGUGGCAGUCGCGUGACACUGUCGUCUAGUGCUUAUGAUAAAGUGAUUAUACAAAUUGCAAUAAUUUAAUCUUUAAUCUGUGGUAUCACGUGAAUUAACUCUCAUUAUAUAUACUUUGAAAUGCCUUUUAAAAGAAAUUGGGACGCAUCGUGUCCUCGAGUUUGGAAUAAAUGGGAGGCUGACGGCCAGGAGUGGGUUGUCCAGGACUUGGACCCGAAAGACGAUGAAGAGGCACUUGACAUUUUAGUGGCACAUCUUUGUACUGAUGAAAUUCUUUGCUCCUUAAGCAAAAUUACGGAAGAUGCAGAAAGUGUCGAGGGUAUAAGGAAGUUCUGGGCGCUUUGUAUAGCGCAGAGGAUGUGUCCUGCGCUCUACACCUGGGUAGAUGGUAAAAAGACCCUGGUAGCUUUAAACGUGUGCGCCGUCAUGUCUUCUGGUGAUACUUUUCCAGAUGUUGAGAUCAAAGGUGAAAAAUGGAAGAACGUCUAUGAAGGGCUAGUGUUCUUGGAAACCAAGCGAGAUCCACACAAAUACUUGGAACUGGACUUACUGUUACAUGCGUUUGGGCUUGUCGUAAAGAGAGACUACAGAGGGCACAGGCUUGGUGCCAAAUUGUUGGCUGCUAGAGAGCCACUAUCAAAAGCACAUGGGAUCAAAGGUACUACGACGGUAUUUACGGUUCAAGCAUCACAGAAAUUGGCGGCUAGAUGUGGCUUCGAAACUAUUUGCGAAGCAUCCUGGAAGGACCUGGCUGAUUCAGGAUUAGACUAUCCUCCUGAAACUAAUAAAUAUAUUAAACUUAUGGUUAAGCGAUAUGAUUAAGCAAUAGAAUUUGCUUGAGACAUUUUUGCAGUGAGACAUAUUAAAAAUAUUUUCACUUUUGUGAUAUAAAACGGGAUUGACUAUGUAUUAGUGCUUAGUAUGCAUUUAUUAAGGUCUCUAAACUAAGGUCAAAAAUUUGUAAAUCAGGAAAUCCAUAGUAAAUAAUAUUGCCCGUAACAAGAUUGUAUUUAUUAUUUAAUUAGAUUUAGCUAAAUAUUUAUUGACAACACGAAUUCAAGAAGGCCUGUAGCCAUUUCAGAUGACUAAUAUAUGUAUUUUUUUUAUAGAUAGAUACUAUUAUUGUCAUGAAUAUAAAUUUUAUUUUA